AUGAAAGCCAAUAAAACAACAAAUCCUGAAAAGAACCUGUACAUUGCAGUAAAUUCAAUUCUUUCUCACACUACUCAAACUCCUUCACCAAUUUUGCAUCACAAAAACCUACCAAGAACUUCGCCACCGCCUCCAAGAACAACGCCGGAGGCUCGUCAAAUCCACCUCUCCGCCGUCGCGGCCGCUGUCACCACGAACGUUAACCGCCGUCAUCUCCAUUUCUUCUUCUUCAAAUUCACCCUCUUCACUGCAAAUUUACUUCUAAAAAUUCCUCUUUUAAUUUUCUUCCAUUUUCAACUACUCAAUUACACCUGGCUGAAAUUGGCUAUUGACGGCGAUGGGAAUGGGCGCCGUCGGCUCAGGGGUCGGCGAUUUGGGGUGGUGUCGGAGAGGUGGCGUUCUGCCUCCCCGUCAAGGUGCGGUCGUUGCUUCGCGGCUGCGACGGCGAGGACUGCUGGAGAUCGAUCGCCGACACUAGGGCUGCAGCGGAUCGCGACUUUCCUCGACCUGGUGCGGCUGAGACUUGUGGCAUCUCGAACGGCUCUCCGGCGCGGUGCUGUUCGUAUGCGGGACCGUCUCCGGUGGUCUCGUCAACGGGAGGAAAGUGUUCGCGAUGGGCUGCUCGGAGGCUAUCUCAAACAAAUUUACCCGGUUAUGGUUUUUUAG